GUGAGCACUGGCAUAUCAGGUGGGAGUCUCUGGCAGAGGCACAGACUGUGAAGAAGUCCCCUACUACAAGCUAACGUUACUGUACGGUGAUGAUAAACUUCGGCUCUGUGCGCCGCCCGGGAGCCAGUCCGCGCUUCUUUCACGAACCUCUGGCAUAUGUCAGUGUAACCCUCCGCCUGCGGUAGAUGUGCUGAGGCUGGAAUAGCCACCAUUUUGCAUGUCUAGUGUGUUCCUCCCUCCAUUGCUAAUAGAGACGGUUCCAGUUAUUUUCUGGCAUCAUUACGGCUAAGAAUGCCAGCUCCGAUCAGACUGCGGGAGCUGAUCCGGACUAUCCGGACAGCACGGACCCAGGCAGAGGAGCGCGAGAUGAUCCAGAAAGAGUGCGCUGCUAUCCGCUCUUCAUUUAGAGAGGAAGACAAUACAUAUCGAUGCAGAAAUGUGGCAAAGCUACUUUAUAUGCACAUGUUGGGCUACCCGGCCCACUUUGGGCAGCUGGAGUGCCUGAAGCUGAUUGCGUCCCAGAAGUUCACCGACAAACGAAUAGGUUAUUUGGGAGCCAUGCUGCUGUUGGACGAGAGGCAGGACGUCCACCUACUAAUGACAAAUUGCAUUAAGAAUGACUUGAAUCACAGCACACAAUAUGUCCAGGGCCUGGCCUUGUGUACUUUGGGCUGCAUGGGUUCCUCAGAAAUGUGUCGUGAUCUGGCUGGGGAGGUCGAGAAGCUGCUCAAAACAUCCAACUCCUACUUGAGAAAAAAAGCAGCGUUGUGUGCAGUUCAUGUCAUAAGGAAGGUUCCAGAACUUAUGGAAAUGUUCCUUCCAGCAACAAAAAACCUGCUGAGCGAGAAAAACCAUGGUGUUCUCCAUACAUCAGUUGUCCUCCUCACUGAGAUGUGUGAAAGAAGUCCCGACAUGCUGGCCCACUUCAGGAAGAAUGAGAAGCUGGUUCCACAGUUGGUGAGAAUCCUGAAGAACCUAAUCAUGUCUGGAUACUCUCCUGAACAUGAUGUGUCUGGCAUAAGUGACCCUUUCCUGCAGGUGCGGAUAUUGAGACUACUGCGAAUUUUAGGCAAGAGUGAUGACGACUCCAGUGAAGCAAUGAAUGACAUUCUUGCACAGGUUGCAACGAACACAGAGACGAGUAAAAAUGUAGGCAAUGCAAUUCUCUACGAGACUGUGCUGACUAUAAUGGACAUCAAGUCUGAAAGUGGACUGAGGGUCUUGGCCAUUAACAUACUCGGUCGCUUCCUUCUUAACAAUGACAAAAAUAUAAGAUACGUGGCAUUGACAUCUCUACUAAAGACGGUACAGACGGACCACAAUGCAGUGCAGAGGCAUCGGAGCACCAUUGUGGAUUGUUUAAAAGACCUGGAUGUGUCCAUUAAGAGACGUGCGAUGGAACUGAGUUUUGCCCUGGUGAACGGAAACAACAUCAGAGGCAUGAUGAAAGAGCUGCUCUACUUCCUGGACUCUUGUGACCCGGAAUUCAAAGCAGACUGUGCAUCAGGAGUCUUUCUUGCUGCAGAGAAGUAUGCCCCGUCGAAAAGAUGGCACAUAGACACCAUUAUGAGAGUCCUGACAACUGCAGGGAGCUAUGUGCGAGACGAUUCUGUUCCCAACCUCAUCCAGCUCAUCACCAACAGUGUGGAGAUGCAUGCCUACACAGUACAGAGACUAUACAAAGCACUCCUGGAUGACAUCUCACAGCAACCUCUAGUGCAGGUGGCGUCUUGGUGCAUAGGAGAGUACGGGGACCUGCUAGUAUCAGGACAGUGUGAGGAAGAGGAGCCCAUCCAGGUGAGUGAGGAUGAAGUUCUAGACGUGCUGGAAGGCCUCCUGGUGUCCAACCUGUCCGCACCUGUGACCCGGGGUUAUUCCCUUACUGCCAUCAUGAAGCUGUCUACUCGGUUCAGCAGUGUUAACCGAAUCAAGAAGGUGGUUUCGAUUUAUGGCAGUAGCAUUGAUGUGGAGCUUCAGCAGAGAGCUGUGGAGUACAAUGCGCUUUUCAAGAAAUACGACCACAUGAGGCCAGCUCUCCUAGAGCGAAUGCCCAUUAUGGAGAAAAGUGCUUCUAAUGGCCCAACGGAGAUUGUACAGACAAAUGGGGAGACAGAGCCCUCUGUUGUGGAACCAAAACAUCUACCACCUGUCACCCAGCCAGUUAACCAGGCUAAUGAUUUGUUAGACCUGCUGGGUGGUAAUGAUGUGGUACCAGUAAUCCAGACCACGAUGCCCACCAAGCCUGCCUCAGCUGGAGGAGAGCUGCUUGAUCUGCUGGGUGACCUCUCGCUAAGUGGCGGCCCAGCCCCUGCUUCCUCUGUGCCCACGUCUCAACCCUCUUUCCUCAUGGAUGGCCUCUCCUCGCAGCCCCUGUUUAAUGACAUUGCAGCUGCAGCUAUUCCUCCUAUGACGGCAUACAACAAAAAUGGUCUGAAAAUAGACUUCACAUUUGAGAGAGCUAAUCCCAAUCCGAACAUCGCCGUCAUCACUAUCCAUGCUUCCAACUCAACAGAGGCAGAUAUGACAGACUUUGUUUUUCAGGCUGCUGUACCAAAGACAUUCCAGCUGCAGCUCCUCUCCCCUAGCAGUAAUGUUGUCCCAGCACUCAACCAGGGAACUGUCACACAGGUCAUCAGAGUCCUCAACCCACAGAAGCAACAGCUACGAAUGAGGAUCAAGCUGACGUACACCCUCAAAGGCUCGCCUGUGCAAGACCUGGCUGAGGUUAAUAACUUCCCCCCUCAGUCCUGGCAGUGAUGAGCUGCUUCUGUUGCUCUUAAAAGCCCCCCCCCCCACACCAAGGGAACUAUGAAAACGAUUUUCCUUUCACCUCCCUCCUUUCUUCCGACGGAUCCCCCUGUGACGUCACUGCAGCCCGCUGCCCUCGAGUUGCAUGGAAAGCAGCAGAGCAUCUAACACAGGAGAAAAAUACAGAUGUUACGAAGACCCUAUUGACUAUUGACAUCACCAGAAUAAUUGGGAAAACAUAUCAAUCAAUGAACUUCCUCUUUUCUUUCUGAAUUGGUUUCCAUUAUGUCUUUUGUGUAGUAGUACUAUUUUCCACAUACACCCAGCACCAUUACCACCCACAAAAGCACAUAGGCACACCAUUUACAGUGGCACACUUACCCUCUCAAGUCAUGGUAGAGAAAAAGUGUUGCCCACUAUGAGCACUGCAGUAACCAUAGUUUUAUUCUGAUUUGUAAUGAAGCUAAAAUGCAGUUGAAACACUUGCUCCAUCGAUAUUUAUGAUUGGCUUUGCAUUCAGAUUUUUUUAAUAUGAACCUUUGUUUGAUGGCAGCAGAAAAAAAGCUUUGAAAGGUCUAGUUAGUGCAGUUAUAAACUUGGAUACCUCCUUAUUUGACUCUGCAUAAUAUAUGUUAUGAUUUGUCAGAAAGUUGUUCAUUUUGAAUUACAUUAAUUACCUUAAAGCAUGUUUGAGCAUUGAUAGGAUCACAAUCACACCCCGACUCAAGCUCGGAGGGGAAUUUCUGCUUCUGGUAGUAUGCCCAGUUUGAUCGCCUGUGGCUACUUUAGAGAUUUCCCACACAGCUCUCCUAAAAUCAUGUCCUCUGUAGUUGUUAGAUCUGUAUAAUAAAUUCUACAGUUAAUUGCUUUGCAUAGUUUGAAUAGGUUCAUUCAUUAGGAUGGAUAUAAUCCAGGCCUGGAAGUUAUCUGAAGAUAAGCUGAUUACAUUUGUGUUGGAGAUCUGCGUUUAAACCUUUCCUGCAUCUGUGUCUUCACAGUCGAGCUAGCAAUUUAAAAUACAUUUCAGAUUUAUUUAACCUGGUUGAACUUAGUCACCAUGCACAUACAUGUAAAUGACGCUUGUUAUGAAUGUAGUUACAUGCACUGAAUGCUUUCCCCCCUCAAGUCUCUUUCUCAUAGCUGUCUUCUUUGAUGGGGAUGCUCAUCUUAUUGGCACUAUUUUUGUGAAAGUAUGUUUUAUUUCUGCAGUAAUUUGACUUAAUUAUUUAUGCCUGAUAUCAAAGUGAUGUGCCUUUCUGACUUGGCUAGAUAAAAGCCCCUGAACUAUUGA